AUGCCGAGGAAGAAGCCCUUUAGCGUGAAGCAGAAGAAGAAGCAGUUGCAGGACAAACGGGAGCGGAAGAGAGGGCUUCAAGAUGGGCUGCGCUCCAGUUCCAACAGCCGCAGCGGGAGCCGGGAGCGGCGAGAGGAACAGACAGACACCUCGGACGGGGAGUCUGUGACCCAUCAUAUCCGCAGGCUUAACCAGCAGCCUUCUCAGGGGCUGGGUCCACGAGGCUACGACCCAAAUCGAUACCGACUGCAUUUUGAGAGAGACAGCAGAGAGGAGGUAGAGAGGAGAAAGAGAGCAGCCCGGGAGCAAGUUCUACAGCCGGUCAGUGCUGAGGUGUUGGAGCUGGACAUCCGGGAGGUCUAUCAGCCUGGCUCAGUUCUGGACUUUCCUCGACGUCCUCCUUGGAGCUAUGAGAUGUCCAAGGAGCAACUAAUGAGCCAAGAGGAACGGAGCUUCCAAGAGUAUCUUGGGAAGAUUCAUGGGGCUUACUCCUCUGAGAAACUCAGCUACUUUGAGCACAAUCUGGAGACAUGGAGGCAGCUGUGGCGUGUGUUAGAGAUGUCUGACAUUGUCCUGCUUAUCACUGAUAUCCGACAUCCAGUUGUGAAUUUCCCGCCAGCACUUUAUGAGUAUGUGACUGGAGAACUUGGGCUGGCCCUGGUGCUGGUUUUGAACAAGGUGGAUCUGGCCCCACCAGCUCUUGUGGUUGCCUGGAAGCAUUAUUUCCAUCAACACUAUCCCCAGCUCCAUGUCGUCCUUUUCACCUCUUUCCCUCGGGACCCCCGCACCCCACAGGACCCUAGUAGUGUCUUGAAGAAGAGUCGGAGGCGGGGGAGAGGAUGGACUCGGGCCCUGGGGCCAGAGCAGUUGCUGAGAGCCUGUGAAGCCAUCACUGUGGGGAAAGUGGACUUGAGCAGCUGGCGGGAGAAGAUUGCUCGGGAUGUAGCGGGGGCCACCUGGGGUAAUGGCUCCGGGGAGGAGGAGGAAGAGGACGAUGGCCCAGCAGUCUUGGUGGAGCAGCAGACUGAUUCAGCAAUGGAGCCAACCGGCCCAACCCGAGAGCGCUACAAGGAUGGGGUGGUGACCAUCGGCUGUGUGGGUUUCCCUAAUGUGGGAAAGUCCUCGCUGAUCAAUGGGCUGGUGGGGCGGAAAGUUGUGAGUGUCUCCAGAACCCCAGGCCAUACCCGAUACUUUCAGACCUACUUUCUUACUCCCUCCGUGAAGCUCUGUGACUGCCCGGGCCUCAUCUUCCCAUCUCUUCUGCCUAGGCAGUUGCAGGUUCUGGCAGGGAUCUACCCCAUCGCCCAGAUCCAGGAGCCCUAUACUGCUGUGGGCUACCUGGCCUCCCGAAUUCCCGUGCAGGCCCUGCUCCACUUGCGCCACCCAGAGGCUGAGGACCCCUCAGCGGAACACCCCUGGUGUGCCUGGGACAUCUGUGAAGCCUGGGCAGAGAAACGUGGUUACAAGACAGCCAAGGCAGCUCGGAAUGAUGUGUACAGAGCAGCCAACAGUCUCUUGCGGCUGGCAGUGGACGGCCGCCUCAGCCUGUGUUUUCAUCCCCCAGGCUACAGUGAACAGAAAGGCACCUGGGAGUCCCAUCCAGAGACCACGGAGCUGGUGGUUUUGCAGGGCAGGGUGGGGCCAGCAGGUGACGAGGAGGAGGAGGAAGAGGAAGAGCUGAGCAGCUCCUGUGAGGAGGAGGGAGAGGAGGACCGGGAUGCGGAUGAGGAGGGAGAAGGGGAUGAGGACACCCCAACCUCAGCUCCAGGGUCCAGUUUGGCUGGCCGAAACCCUUAUGCCCUGCUGGGUGAGGAUGAGUGCUGA